AUGGCUGAGGCCCCAGUCAGAAAGAGAAAGCAAGAAGAAUCUGAGGAUGAGUCUUCUGACGAAGAGUUCUCUGUCGCGGGUUUGAUCGACGACGAAGCCAGUGAGGACGAAGAAGAGGAAGAAGAAGAGGAGGAGGAGGAAGAAGAAGAAGAAGAAGAAGAAGAAGACUCUGAGGAUGAGCUCAAUCGUCUUUUGGGAGAAGAACAAGAUAUCAGCGACGUCGACUCUGACGAAUUUUCCGAUGAACCUAAAGAUGACACCAGAUCCAUCACCGACAAGUUAUCUGGAGUGAAAAUCAGAUCCUACUCCACCUCCUCUGCAGAACAGUUCAUUGAAACAGAGUUUGCGGACGGUACUCCUCGCCUCAUCAAACCGGAAAUCAACCCUGUGUAUGACUCUGACGACUCCGACGCGGAGAACUUCAACACCAUCGGGAAUAUUCCACUUUCUGCAUACGAGGAACUCCCGCACAUCGGGUACGAUAUCAACGGGAAGCGUAUCAUGAGGCCAGCCAAGGGUUCUGCCUUGGAACAGUUAUUGGAGUCCAUCGACUUGCCUGAGGGGUGGACCGGGUUGCUCGAUCAGAAUACCGGUGCGUCGCUCAACUUGACGGCCGAGGAGUUAGAGCUCAUUCUGAAGAUUCAAAACCACGAACAAACAGACAUGGGCAUCAACCCGUACGAGCCCACCAUCGAAUGGUUCACCUCCCGUACCGAGGUGAUGCCUUUGACGGCCAUCCCGGAACCAAAGAGAAGAUUUGUGCCGUCGAAGCACGAAGCCAAGCGCAUCAUGAAGAUCGUCAAGGCUAUAAGAGAGGGCAGAAUCGUGCUCAAAAAGUCGCAAGACGAAGAGGAAAGCACUGAAAAGUUUGACUACGACUUGUGGGCCGAUAAUAACCAGGACAACAACGAUCACAUCAUGACGCUCAGAGCUCCAAAGUUACCUCCUCCAACCAACGAAGAGUCCUACAACCCGCCAGAAGAGUACUUGUUAACGCCAGAGGAGAAGGCUGCCUGGGAGGCAAUGGACCCAGCCGACCGUGAGAGAAACUUCCUUCCGCAAAAGUUCGGAGCCUUGAGAAAGGUGCCGGGCUACCAGGACUCGUUGAGAGAAAAAUUUGAGAGAUGUCUCGAUCUUUACCUCGCCCCGAGAGUUCGCCACAACAAGUUGAACAUCGACCCGGAGUCUUUGAUUCCGGAGUUGCCUUCGCCAAAGGACUUGAGACCGUUCCCUAUCAAGUGUUCUACGGUCUAUUCCGGCCACCAAGGCCGAGUCAGAACUCUUUCCAUCGACCCUACCGGCUUGUGGUUGGCCACCGGUGCCGAUGAUGGGUCCGUCAGGGUCUGGGAGAUUUUGACUGGAAGACAGGUCUACAAAUUGCAGCUUAUCGAUAUUGCGGAAAACGACGAGGACCACAUCGACGCCGUUGCCUGGAACCCAGACAGCUCUACUGGUAUUUUGGCCAUCGCUGCUGGCGAGUCCAUCUACCUCGUCAUCCCACCGAUCUUUGGGUUUGACAUUGAAAACGCCGGGAGAUUGAAAAUCGAGUCCGGUUGGGGUUACGAGACAUUUGGUAACAAGUCCCGCGGUGAUAUUGACGUCGCUAAGGACGAUUUGGGUGAUGACGAGGACACGCGCGCGACCAACGCCGCUGAGGAGAAGAAGAAGGAUGUCGCGAAGUGGUACAAGCCGACCGCUGAGCAGUCUGCUAACGGGAUUUCCGUCAUUGUGACCUGUCGUAAGACCGUCAAGAAGCUCUCAUGGCACAGAAAGGGUGACUACUUCGUUACCGUCGCCCCUGACAGUGGUAACACCGCGGUCCUUAUCCACCAGUUGUCCAAGCAUUUAUCGCAAUCGCCGUUUAGAAAGAGCAAGGGCAUCAUCAUGGACGCCAAGUUCCAUCCGUUCAAGCCACAGUUGUUUGUCUGUUCGCAGAGAUACGUCAGAAUCUACGACUUAGCCCAACAAGUCAUGAUAAAGAAGCUCAUGCCAGGCGCCAGAUGGUUGUCCACCAUCGACAUCCACCCAAGAGGUGACAACUUGGUUGCCGCAUCGUUCGACAAGAGAGUGUUGUGGCACGAUUUGGACUUGUCCAACACCCCGUACAAGACCUUGAGAUACCACGAAAAGGCCGUUAGAGGCAUCAAGUUCCACAAAGGUGGUCUUCCGCUUUUCUCGUCUGCGUCCGACGACGGUUCCGUCCACGUCUUCCACGGCACAGUGUAUGACGAUUUGAUGAGCAACCCAUUGUUGGUUCCGCUCAAGAAGUUGACUGGUCACAAAGUGGUGUCCAACUUGGGGGUCCUCGACCUCGACUGGCAUCCAAAGGAGGCCUGGCUCUUCACCGCCGGUGCAGACGGGUCCGCCCGUCUCUGGACCACAUAG